CGGAACAUCUCCGUCUUCCAUAAAGGCGCUGGUGCAGGUGCUCUGUCUCUUCGGGGGAGGAUGCCAUAGGAAGGACGGGCAGGGGAAAAAAUGAAGGAAAAAGCUGAGAGAGGAGAGCACAGGAUAUGAUAAGCAGGGUAUCAGACUGGAAACGGAGGAAACUGAAUAUGAAAGAUUUAUUGAAAGGGGCACUUUGAGCUAUUAUUCCUGGUCGGCAAUAGUACUAUGAUUUGGUAUGUGGCCACUUUGAUAGCAAGUGUUUUCAGCACCCGAGGAACGGCAGCUCAAGGUGCCUACGGAGUGAGAGAGGAGCCCCAGUUUGUGACGGCCCGUGCAGGAGAGAGCGUUGUUUUGGGAUGUGACGUGAGCCACCCCCUAAACGGCCAGCAGACUCCCUAUGUGGUGGAGUGGUUCAAAUUCGGUGUGCCUAUUCCCUUCUUCAUCAACUUCCGUUUCUAUCCUCCUCAUGUGGACCCUGAAUACGCCGGUAGAACCAGUCUGCAUGGCAAAGCAUCUCUGCAGAUUGACCAGGUGCGCUCAGAAGACCAGGGCUGGUAUGAAUGCAGGGUCCUCAUGCUGGAACAACAAUAUGACACCUUCCACAACGGCAGCUGGGUUCACCUCACAGUCAAUGCGCCCCCUACGUUCACGGACACGCCACCGCAGUACGUGGAGGCGAGGGAGGGUGGCAGCAUUACUCUGACCUGCACUGCCUCUGGAAACCCUAAGCCGGUGGUCACCUGGCUGAGAGAGGGGGAUCAGCUGACCAGCAACAGAAAAUACACGGUGAGUGAUGGCAGUCUGACAGUGCAGGCCAUCACGCGGGAGGACCGGGGGGCCUACAGCUGCCGUGCCCACAGUGACCAGGGGGAGGCGCUACACACAACCCGCCUGCUGGUGCAAGGUCCUCCAUACAUUGUGUCACCACCUGAGAACAUCACUGUUAACAUAUCCCAGAAUGCCCAAUUUACGUGCCAAGCAGAGGCGUAUCCUGGCAACCUGACCUACACUUGGUUCUGGGAGGAAGACAACGUCUACUUCAAGAAUGAUCUGAAGCUCCGUGUGCGCAUCUUUAUUGAUGGGACCCUCAUUAUCUACAGAGUGAAGCCAGAGGAUGCUGGGAAAUAUACCUGCAGCCCUAGUAACAGCCUGGGCAUAUCCCCCUCUGCUUCAGCUUACCUGACCGUGCAAUACCCUGCCCGUGUUGUGAACAUGCCACCUGUCAUUUACGUCCCAAGAAAGUUGCCGGGAAUCAUUCGCUGCCCAGUGGAUGCCAACCCUCCAGUUACAUCAGUCCGAUGGGAGAAAGAUGGCUACCCACUCAGAAUCGAAAAGUAUCCUGGAUGGAGCCAAAUGGCAGAUGGAAGCAUUCGGGUGGCAGAGGUCACUGAAGACUCCCUUGGCACCUACACCUGUGUGCCUUACAAUGUCCUAGGUACCAUGGGACAGUCCCCUCCGGCCACUCUGGUGCUAAAGGACCCCCCUUACUUCAAUGUGAGGCCCGGGGGGGAGUACCGUCAGGAGGCGGGGAGAGAGCUGGUCAUCCCCUGUGCUGCUUCUGGAGACCCUGAGAUUCCAACCAUCGUAUGGAGAAAGGUCGGGAAGCCCAGCAGAAGCAAACAUAACAUCUUACCAAGUGGUAGCUUGCAAUUCAUGUCUCUGAGCAAAGAGGAUCAUGGAGAGUGGGAAUGUGUUGCCACCAACGUAGUAACAAGCAUCACUGCCAGCACACGCCUUUUUGUAAUAGGCACUAGUCCACAUGCGCCAACUAAUGUCCACGUGUCAGCAUCCACAAGCUCCGCUAACGUUUCCUGGGAACCUGGAUAUGACGGAGGCUUUGAACAGACGUUCUCGGUCUGGUAUGGCCCGGUGAAGGUGAAGAAUGAUUUAGGGCCACAUGAUUGGUUGUCCAUACCUGUGCCCGGCUCUCAGACGUGGUUGAUGGUCCAGGGGUUGGAGCCAAAGACUGCCUAUCAAUUCAGUGUGCUGGCCCAGAACAAGCUGGGCACCGGCCCCUUCAGUGAGGUAGUCACUGUGACUACAGGAGGGUAUCCCAUAAGUACCCCUGAACCACUGGUGCUUCUAACUCCACCACGGUGCCUCACAGCCAACCGGACACAGCAGGGUGUAUUGUUGACAUGGCUUCCUCCGGCCAAUCACUCUUCACCAAUCGACCGUUACAUCAUUGAGUUUCGUCUGGGAGAAAGGUGGGAGGUUCUGGAUGACUUGAUUCCUGCCACUGAGACUGAGAUCAUAGCAAGAGACCUCAUUCAGGACUCUUGGUAUGAAUUCCGAGCGCUAGCUGUAAUGGAUGAUCUUGUCAGUGAGAGCAGUAAUGUGGUGGGAGUGUCAAGUACAGACCCCUUCCCUCCCACAGAGAUCUCAGACGAGGGGCUGGCCAAACCAGUGGUGGCCGGCAUCGUGGCCACCAUUUGUUUCUUGGCGGCUGCCAUCCUCUUCAGCACGCUCGCUGCGUGUUUCGUCAACAAGCAGCAUCGUCGCAAGCUCAAACGCAAGCGAGACCCUCCACUAUCGAUUACGCACACAAGGAAAAGCAUUGAAUCUCCGCCUCCUCUUACCCCCUUGCCUGGCAUUGAGCCCUACUGGGAAGAGCCAGACAGGAGCAGCUACAGGCCCCCAUCUACCAGCCCUCAGCUGUCCUCUGGGAAGAUCAGUCCUGAGAGCAUUGCUUCCUCCCGGCCCCCAUCUCUGGCCAGCGUGGGUGGCCACAGUCUAUAUGUUAAGAAGUUGCCAAGCCCCAGGAAAGAGAAAGAGCUUUCCCUCUAUAAGAAAACCAAGAGAGCAAUAACCAGUAAGAAGUACAGCGUGUCCAAGCAUGAGGCUGAGGUCACCACGCCCAUCGAGCUGAUCAGCCGUGGACCUGAUGGCCGAUUCGUCAUGGACCCCAGUGACAUCGACACGUCCCUCAAGCCCAGACGCAUUGAGGGUUUUCCCUUUGUGGAGGAAUCAGACUUGUAUCCUGAGUUCCGCCAAUCAGAUGAGGAGAACGAUGACCCAGGGCCCCUACCCCCAGUCAUGGCCACCCUCAGGCCCCAGAUAUCCCCUGUGUCCUCCAGCCAGGAGUCCUACAUGCAGCCCCCAGCCUACAGCCCCCGGUUCCAGAGACCCAUGGAAGGUAUGAGCAUCUCGGAGGGUAGUCGGCUUCAGGCCACAGGGCAGAGCCGGGUCUCCCAUUUUCACAGGGUCUUCCCUCCAGGCCCCUUCUAUGGCUAUCUAGGUAGUGGUGCUGAGGUGGAGCUUCACCCUCCGUUUUACAUGCCUGAUGUUAGUCCACGUAGCUCUGCCAUGUCCUCCUCACCUUCAUACCCCCCCGAGGGGCUGUUUCGCCAUCCCACCAUCCCAGAGGAGAGGGAGGAGCUGAGGAUCCAUCAGUACGGCGCAUCCGGCCACGCCCUGCCACUGGUGCAUAGCCCUCCCUCCUCUCGCUCGACCGAGAUCUGGCAGCCUCCUGACUUCCCCUUUCUGGGUCAGGAGGGUCCCCGUCUCGCUCUUCCACCACGCCAUUCCUCAUAUCUCCACCGGGACCUCCCCGAGCCCCCGCCAUACCCCUCCCAUAGUCGCACUCUUAGCACCACCUCUCAGCUCCCUUCAAGCUCUGCUUUCCUCCAGCUGGAGGCCCCUAGAGCCCAACUGAGCAGAUCUCCCGGCAGGUUUCCGCCUCAGGGCCCUUCAGCCAAGCAUAUAACUAUGCAACAGGCCCAGACUCUGGGGCAGUUGAGACACACUGCCCACGGUACGGGCGUACCAGUGUUGCCUUACUUAGGCGCCACGGCUCGCAUGGGGAGCCCAAGCACACUGCACAGUGAGAGCUCGGACGGCUGGAGGUCCGAGGCCCAGCCUUGGCUGAGCCCCAGGGCGGCACGAAGGAUGGAUCUCGGCCUACAGCAGGUGGUCCUGCAGCCGUCACGACUCUCCCCACUGACCCAGACCCCUCCCAGCUCACAUGCCGGCUCUCCAGACAUUCUCGUCCGCCCUCCUCCCCGCCCCAGCAUCCUGCGGUCUUCCCGCUCUCAAGAGAUGCCCGAGAGUGCCCGUCACCCUGCCAGUGUCUCCUUUUCCCGAAGGUCUCUCUCCUCUUCCCCUGCCACUUCACCUACCCAAGGCCAGAGUGGCCAGCGGCCCAGCCUCAGCUACCGUGCCCACAUGGCCUUUGCCACAGCCGCGGCCAGCUACCCCUCCCAGUCCCCUUCACCCCCCACGGAGAGCAGUGAUGCUUUCGGCCAGAUGCCAUCUCAGAGAAGGACAGAUGAGGAGAUGCUCCCCUCAGAACCCUCUCCAGGGGAGCAUCUAGGUGCAGUGAGAGUCCCUGCAGGGUCUGAGAGCUUUGAAGCACUGAUAUAUUAUUGUAUUAAUAAAGCCAAGAAAUCAUCAGCCAACAAGAACAACAACUCCAGAUUCAAGAAAAGGACAGAUGUGUCCACCUCUCAGACCCAGCAGCCGCAUGCAUCUCAGGCCUCUGAGCAAAGAGAACAUCUCAGCUCUCCCUCAAAGAAAAAGUGGAAAAGUACACUUAGAAAGUCCCCCUGUCUCCGUCUGUCCUCUCUGCUACGCUGGCUUCACCCCAGAGAAGACAGAAAAUCCCUGCUGGCCAGUAUGGACCCUGCCCCCUCAAACUAUGGUUCUCUGCUCUGAGAGCCCCCCCAAACUCACUAAAACUUAUCCUGUGGGGCGGAUCGUCUUCUUGUCCAUUAGCAAAAACGUAUGAUGGACAAACUCUCAGUACUGUUUUGUAAUCAGUCUAAACUAGAUACAAUUUAUUAUGUUCUUCGGUUGGCACAAUAUACUACACAUAUCUGUAUUUUCUGUAAAUUUACACAAAGGAAAAACGUACAGGGGUGCUCUUUUAGAAGAAACAGAAAACUGGAACAGGACAAAAGCUUUUCAUUUGAUAAUAAAAAAAGAAAAUAAUAGCAUUCCAUUACAUGCUAGGAAAAAUCUUGCUGACCACUUCGAUUUUUGUCAUAACGUUGUCAGAACUGUGUAUAUUGUGAAGGAUAGAGAGUUAAAUGCUCUGUACAAAUAUGUCUCUGAAGACGUGAUAGUUAUUACAGGGUUUCUUUUCUUCCUUCUACAAAAUAUACCUCAAAAAAGAGAAGAAAAGGAAUAAAUAAUCUGGAACAUAUUUCAGCACUUCUACCAUAUUUUGUGCAAGCUAGCAUAUUUCAUUUUGGAUGACAUAUGUUGUCUGUUUGUGGCAAAGCUUGACAGAACAUGAGCGAUUAAUGUAAGCCCAGAAAUUACAAUUAAUUUGUUUAUAACAUAUUAAACAUGAAAUAUAAAGCACAGAAUAUCGUUGAAAUUGUAAGCUUGAAAAGAAUGGCUGCAGUACUAGACUGGUCCUGCGACAAUGUUUGAACAGCUAAAAAAAAAAACAUGCUUUCUUAUUUAUUUUUAAAAUAAUUUACAUUAUUUUUGACAAAAAAUAUUGGACAGCUUUAAGGCACUUUUUAUCUGUUGGAGGUAGAUUAAUAAUAGCCCCAUGCUGAAAAAUGAUUCAGGUUCACAUUAAAUUUUAGAAAUAUGCUUUUUGACAUGUUCAGUGGAAAUGUGAUAUUUAAACUGAAGUAGAAUUGCUUGGUCCUUGUCUUGCACAAAUGUAGUUAGAAGUGGUGAAAUGCAUCUUUCCGUCACUUCCUUAAAGUAAAUAAUUUGUUAUAUGUUGCUUUGGAAAUACAGUACACAAAUGAAGUACAGUAGAUAUUGUGCAGACUAAUGAAGACAUCAAUAUAAAAUAGAAAAGUGAAAUAGUCCUUAUUCUAAUCAGUGGGGAAAAAAAAGAUCUUCUCGGUUACUUUCUACCUACAAAAGUGAACCUCCAAAAGUAGCUUGACACUUUUUUGAAAACAACUUCAGUAAAUCGUAUUGUAAUCUUUACUAUUUGUCAUCCAUCACAGCUCAUCUGAUGACAUAGCAAAGUUUGAGUUAUUUGAAUUAAUGAUGAGUUUAGGAUGUUUAUUGUCUCUAGAAUUCACUAACAGCUGCUGAUUUGCUACCUACAGUGAAAGCUAAUCGUUUAGUUUAACCGAUGGUGAAUGUAUGAUUUGCUCUUAGAAGAUCAGAUUUAUCUGAAUAUUUUCAUUGUGAUGUUUCUCUCUUUUAGCUCGUUUACGCACCAAUGCGAUCAACUCCAAAAUGAAUCUGCGAAUGGAGUUUAAUAAUGAGGUACGACGUAAGGAAAUUGAAUGAAAUCUCAUGCAGUACUUGAAUAAGGCUGAAAAUACAAGCAGAAAAUACUGGGAUGAAUUUCUGUGUAUAGAGAUUCGUAGUAGCCUUUUUGAGUUUAGAAGAUUUGACUUGAGUGCCCAAAGGGCUGUUUACUUUGUCUUUUAUUUCUCUUUCUUUAAUACAACUAUUUUACUCAACAUGAAAACUAAUGCUCAAACAUCUCACUGCAGUGAUUUGAGCUAUUCAGUAUUAGGUCAGCAGAUUCUGUUGCUUAUUUCUAUGUAUGUCUUCGUCAUUAGUAGCGUUUUCCACCCCACGUGGUGCAAUUUCGUAAGGCUGCUUUAUAAUCGUGUAGUCUCUGAGAGGAGAGGGCAGUGUUCAUUUUUAGAUAUUCUUGAUUACCUGCCCUUUAGCUGUCGCGAGAAAAGUGUUAAAGUUAGACUUGACUCUGUUUUUGCUACGUGUUUUGUCGAGAACUCAUUGCUAAUAAGUCCUACAACAACCACAUAAUGUUUACAUGAUCUAGAAAUAUAACGUGCAAGGAUGUAGGCACAUUGUACACAUUAUGACUUGGUGCUAUGUCUUUUUGAACUCGUGGUGCUGUGGUUCAGAGGUUAACACACAAACUCACGCACAGUCCUCUGUCUUAAAACUAACUAAACUAGCUCCGUCUUGAUUUCCGUUGUCGAGUUCUUCUGGUGAGUAGGACCGCAAGCAAUAAAACCUCUCUCACAGGGCAGGUCCUGUGCGCUCACUAUCUUUCAGUAUGAAAUCCGUCGAAGGUGUUAAAUACAGACCGGCUUUGACAUUCAGUACGUGCUUACGUUAUCGCGUGAACGUUCGCUGUCACCAUGAAUAAAAACCCGCGUAUUUAGAAAGAUUUAUAAAGACGAAUUUGCCAGUCUCGAGGAGGCAGCAUAUCAAAUGUAUAAUCCAUGAAAUGUACCCACGGUAUGAUAGUAAAUUUUUCAUUUAGCAUGGAAAGAACCUGGUACCUGGAGGUCUGACGCGUCAAGCGGCGACAUUUCUGUUUUAUAGUGUUUUUCAUGGACACGGUGGAGCGAUGCAUCCUCGCAUAAAGCUGCCACGCUGAUUUAAGAUGCAGGUUCAGUGUCGCUGUAUAUCUGGAUGGUGAUUGACGGCAUUUUAUUCAGCUCCUCUGUGGUCUUUGUAGGGAGAACCCGACUGAAACGUUUCUCUUGUUGAAUAUAUAUGAUACUGUACAGGUAGACACGCCCCCAAGAGGGCUCAUUUGCAGGAAGUGUCAUAUCAACUCUUUGAUUGCCUGUAUUCAGUUUUGUGCUUACUUCUUAUGGUGCUUCGUGAAACUUUAUUUUUCUUUAUUUCGUUGAUUGAACAGAACUAACCUUACAUAAUCAAGAUAUUUCACUCGUUCGGACCUGUUUGUCUUGUUUCAGAUAAUGUACAUCUUUUUGUUCUUGAUUCUUUUGCUGUUCAUAUUAACCAGCACUGAAAACUUAGAAUGUAAUACUGCAUUAUGCACUAAUUUAUGACUGUUUUAACAUUAAACCUCAUACUUAGAGCUUAUUGGAAGCAUAUUUCAAAUUGCAUUUUUUUUGUGUGUGCUUUUUAACUGCUUUCGAAUUUGUGUUGUACUUUGUUUGGAGAUUAUAUUAUCUGAAGAUGUGUUCUGGGCAAACAUGUUUUUCAUCUUGAUCACCCUACAUGCAAUGUAUAAGAGACUGUUCUUAUGUUAAGAAACAAUUAUAAAAUAACUUUUUUUUUCUUUUCUUUAAGAUUUAUUUGAUUGAAUGACUGCGUCAGAGGCUUCUUUUGUUAAGUAAUCUCAUUUAUUUCAGGUAUUAUUCUUAAACAGUAUGGUGCUGUACCAAAGCCUUAUGUACAAUAUUAUUAUGAUGUAUUGUUUGAUUCUUCUGCCACUGCUAAUGAAUUCUCCAACAAAUUGCUAGACGACUCUGAUUAUGAAACAAGGUGCAGUGUGCCUCUAUCUUCUAGUCCUUGAUUAGUAGGCCUACUUCAGUCUUUUUCAUGGGCAUUCGGUGUCUCUGCAUACUCAGAUGUUAAGAUAUGGUGCCUGGUGUGUCUUCAUGCUGCUAGGAUUAAAUGUUAAAGAUGUUUCGUAUCUGUACUACCAACUUCUGAAGUAUGACAUUGACCUCCACAGUAACUCAGCUGGACACUUUGAUUCAGCAUCUUGAUAUUAAAAGGGAACAACCCUGCAGUAAGCAAUGGCAUUUUUAGAGAAUAAAGGAAAUCCCAUUGUUAAUUUAUAUUUAUUUUAUUGUUUUGCUCAUUUUUUUUUUUUUUUUUACAUUUAUAAGUCUUGCUCUAGAAUAAGAACCCAAUCAAAAAGAAUAUGCUAUCCUGACAAAUGAAUUGUCCUUGAGAGUUACGUCAAUAUCAGACCUGGGAAUGAAACGUAUGGAGUGUUAAAUAUGUGUGUGCGAGUGUGUGCGUGUGCUGUCUUUAACAGCCCAACUGAAGUUCUGUAUAGUGGAGCCGUUCAAUUUGCAUUGUUUACAUCACCAGAUGCCCAGAUAUGCACAUUUUGGCAAGCUCUAUUAGGUUGACAUUUUCCAACGCUUUGGUCCAUGUAAUAACCCCGUAAAACUUUUUGUAUUUUGAUAUAAUAAAAAAAAUAUAAGAGUGUG